GGAACUUUAUUUAUGUAUAUUAAUGUUUGGUGACAGUGUUUAAAAUAUCUAUAUUUUUCUUGAUUCAGAAAAUACGUUCCUUUUUAUUUAUUCUUAGCUGUCGUGAAUUCAUAUUUUAUUACUAUUAUUUUCAGCGGAAGAAUAUUGUUCGCAUUUCGUCGUAUACGCUAUUCCAGUUUAUCGAGAAUAAUUGUAUUACAUAUUUGUUCGUGAAAUAUGAGGUGCUACGUGUGCGCGCAAGCAUAUCAACUGAUUUGCAUUAAGUUCCACCUAAGCUGGGUUUUUGUUGUGACAUAAGGUCCCUCCGUUGCAGAGUUCCCUGCCAUAAUGUUGUGACAACGUAGUGACAACAUGCUUUGCUAAUUCAUGGACAGGUUUCAGUGUCACUGUCACCAGUUCUUCAGUAAAAUUCAGCUGUACAUGUCAUAAUAUUGGAAGACUUGCAAUAAUAAUGGGUCAAAAAUCAGAUAAUCAAUAAUUAAUGAUUGAUGAGUGAUUACAACUGUGACCAUAGAAUCUAAACUCAACCUCAUUCAGCAGAAUGGGAGGUGAUUAGAGAUGCACAGAAGUGUAGCCAAAUAUAUGAUUAAAACAGUCCUACUCACUGUAGACAAUCACAGUGCUGUUUCUGAAACAUUGUUCUACUUUUGUGGAAAUGUUAUUAAAGUAGCAGUUUCAUGCAGGUACCCACAUAAGUCAUAACAGGCUAGAAGGAAAAAAUAAUCCACAUAAACACCAGCAUUUUACUUACAAAUAAAUCUCAUUUUUUCAUGUAGUAUAAAAGAUGUCAUCCUGCACUGUUAACAGUUGGUCUUGAAGAGCCAGUAAGGAUAUAUGUACAUUGGAUGAUAGGCGAAAUGGAGCACUACUGUCACAAGAUAGAGUGGAGGCUGUGACCAGCUGACGUAUGGAGGGUUUAGACAAUAAAGUGGACCAAUCUUCAAAACAGAUACAUGGAUACUUACAGGCCGUAUAUAGCAAGCCUGAGGCAAAGUCAUUGUAGGAAAGGACUCAACAGAUGCAAUGGUUUAACCAUAAGAUUGAAGUGUUGCAGAAUCGGAAACCAAACGUACUGGCAAUAGUCAUAUAUAUUUCAAAUCUAAAUGUGGAAGGUGUCUCAGAAUAUACUCCAUUCUACUAUGUUCAGAGCUUCAAGGCCUCAGUACUUUGUAUCUUGUCAACUUCCCAAGAAAGGAUUAGUUUUAACAAAGGGUUAGAGCAAGUAUAUUUUGUUGUCAUAAGCAAGACUUGUGCUUAAAGUGAUAUGAUUUGAAGUAUAGCAUAUAGAGCAGAAAAUAUAGACAUAAACCAUAGAUAAUGAGCAAUGUCGUUAAGUUUCUUCGAGGAUAAACAACAGCUGACAAGCAAGGUUCUACAGGCACCAUAAUUGAUGGUGGAACGUGGUGCACAAUGCAGUUUGUGAAAAGUGAUUCACGUCCCAUGCAUCCUGAGUGGCCACUUUCUUCUGAUGUCAGGCUCUGCCAAGAAAUAAAACAGGAAGUAGAAGUUGAUGAGAUGGAAGUUGUUAAAAGUGAAGCAGCAGCAGGACAGCAUGGCAUGGAAGGUUUGUCAUGCUGGAUGAAACCAAAAUUAACUUCAUUUCAGAGUCAAAAACUCAGACAGUCAGUAGGUCACUCAGCACUAGAAGCAGCUGGACUAGGUCACUCCACUUUCAAGAAAAAUGGAGAUUGUUUCAAACACCGGCAGAGUCCAUGGACAGAAUCCCAAGCAUCACAGUUUUGGAGUUCACAUAAUAUAGAAGUGGAGAAUCAGGAAGAUAAUAUUGAAGAUGCAGGUUCUAAACAGAGGGAUACAGACAGAGAACAGAAGUCAUUAACCACUGCAACAAGUGGACUGGAACAAGAAGCAGACAAGUCAUUGACAGACAGGCACAGCAAGCUGCCUGCUGAUAUGUCAGAAUUAGUUUGGGUGAAGAAAGAGCGGAAUGAGUCGGUGACCAAAGAUAACUUGGUACAUCAGAAAGAGAUGCAGCUUUAGAUGACCAGGAACAGGUAGGAUGUUAUUCAACUGACAGUUGUCACAAUGCAUUUGGCACUCAGCUAAACACUGAUCAAACAGCUACUGGGACUCCUUGUGGCAAUAAUCCAUCACAAGUUAUGGCCCUUCCAUCAGUACCAGUCUCUUCACCCAGUUCACAGGACUCUACCUACAACUGCCGUCAGUGCUUAGGCACUUUCAAAACCUCUGAUGAUUUGCUGAGACACAUGGCUUUUCAUGCAGAAGCAAGACCAUUCAAAUGCAUGCAUUGCACAGCUCCUUUCAAGACAUCAUCUGAUUUAUCAAAGCAUAUGGUGGUGCACAAUGAUGUUAGACCAUAUAAAUGCAGUAAAUGUACAGACGCUUUCAAAAGGGCAUCUGAUUUGGCCAAGCACAUGGUAGUUCAUAGUGAGGUUAAACCUCACAAAUGCAGUGAGUGCGCAGCUGCUUUCAGAACACCCUCACAGUUGAAGAAUCAUGCUCUGGUUCAUGGUGGAGCCAAGCCUCGUCACAAAUGUACACUAUGUCCAGCAUCUUUCAAAACAUCUUCGGAUUUGUCUAAGCAUAUGGUGGUUCACAACGAUGCCAGACCUUUCAGGUGCACUGAGUGUACAUCUGCUUUCAAACGAGCCUCUGAUUUGGCAAAGCAUAUGGUGGUUCAUAGUGACGAAAGGCCACAUAAAUGUGGCGAGUGUGCCGCUGCUUUUAAAUCCAUUUGCCAGUUGAACAGACACAUGCUGGUUCAUGAUGACAGGAGACCUCACAAGUGUAGUCAGUGUGAAGCUGCUUUCAAGCUGGCAUCUCAUUUGAAGAAUCAUAAGCUUAUUCACAGUGAUGCUAGACCUCACAAAUGCAGCGAGUGCUCGGCUGCAUUUAAGAAAACAACAGAUUUGCUGAAGCAUAUGCUGGUUCACAGUAAUGUCAGACCUUAUAAGUGCAGUCAGUGUGCCGCUGCUUUCAAAACAGUAGAAAAACUGAAACUCCAUAAAUUGGUUCACAGUGACAUCAGACCUUAUAGUUGUGAUCAGUGUUCAGCUUCCUUCAAAAUGUCGUCCUACUUAAAACAGCACAUGCUAGUUCACAGUGAGGCGAGGUCACAUACGUGCAGCGAGUGCUUAGCACCGUUUAAAACUGCUAUUGCACUGAAAAAGCACUGGCUUGUUCAUGGCAAAGGAGAAGCCACUCUUGAGUCUCAGGGAUAAAUGGUUUUGUCACAGAUAUUAUUUGAAGGGAAUUUUAUAGAUUUUUCACAGGUGCAUCUUGGAUUGACUGUUAUGACUGUAAGGUUCUUUACAAAGUGAAUAAUUGCUGAAAGAACUUUUGAUUGGGGUCACAGAUUUACUAAACUCCAUCUAUAUAAAUAUAUAACAACUCCCAGUAAAUAUUUGCUGUAGUUUUUCCUUUUGCUUGGGUACUCAUUUUUUUAAACACAGAUCAGUUCAUUUUCGUUUAAAGCAUUUUUCAUCUGUUGCAUUUUCAUUUCUAUUAAUAUUUGUGACAAUGUUGCAAACUUGGGUGCUGAGAGUUCCUACUAAGAGAGAAUGCUGCUGGCAUGGAUUUCUUGCAUUAACUACUAUGUAUCACUCUCAUUGUUUCCCAUUCAUAACAGAUACCAUUCAGUAUCAGAAGCCAGUUUCACAGCCACCUGUAAAAAUUGUUCUGGAUUUUUUUAGACCCUUAUGUAAACACUUGGACAGGUUUAAUCAACUAGUAGCAGAAAAAAGUGCAUCAAUUUACUAACAUUAAUAUUAUGCUACUAUUAUUAAUGUUAAUAUUGAUCCCUGAUGUUAAUAAAUCAUUAGUAUUAUGCUUUAUGCAUAUGAAACUGUUGUCACUAUCAUUUAAUAGCAGGUAAUGAUGAAAUAUCAGCUUUUACAUGUAUGGAUCAUUAUGAAGUGGCUUUAUUCCAUGAGGCCUCUAAUCUUUUUUCAGACUUUGACCCCUACCCACUUUCCAAAAAAAAAAGACCAAAUUGUUUUUUUUUUAUCCCCUCCUCCACCCUUGGCAAAUUUAGUUUACAUGAUUUGGACUUUUCUAAUGUGAAUCACACACACUUCUAUUUGAAGGGAAAAAUUUGAUUUUAAAUGUGAGGAAGUGAUAAAAUAUUAGAGGAUUAUGUUUAUGGGGUGAGGCAGAACAAUGCAAGGGUGGGGCUGAAGAUUGAGGCGUGCAGAGUGGAAGCAAGUGCUGGUGACUGUUAUCGAAUAACAAAUGGUAUUAUUUAUUAAGGAUUGUAAUUACGAAGACAUAAUUUUAUGAAUGACAAUUUAAAUUUCCAACACAUUAGCCAUAUAAUGAGUGUUCCUCAGAAGCAUGCACCACCUGCAAAACAGUUGUUGAUGUAUUCAUCUGAACCAAUCAGUGGUAAGUGUAGCAACCACGUCACACUUUCGCCGCCUGGAAACUAUCUCCUUUUUCCACCAUCAAACGAGUUCAUGGGAUGUUGGUCACCUAUAUACUUCUUCGUGAAUAGCUGAGGAAAUGAAGAAAUAAUGUUCCAGUCUAUGCUGAUAAAAUGUAUUUUUGCAGAUACCUGUAGACAGGGUUGGGCCUGUGCAGCAGCUUUUGGAGACUGGUGUGACUAAUUGAUGAAUAUUAGCACAUAACCCAUUCGAAGAUUCAUAAGCUUAUUCUUAAGUAAGAUCUGUUGUCUCAAUAGGGUUUUUUAUUUAUUUUUAUAUUUGGAUGAGUAGUGUAUGUCAGAAAUGAUCACACAACCAUUUAUUCCUGAAUAAUUGUUAAUAUUUUUUUAAUCUCCCAUCAUUUUCACAAUGUCUUGAAAUUUCUCUUAGUAACAGAGAUUAUGACAUUACACUGUUCUGGAUUUACAUUGUGUGUUAUUUACAGAGAAAAAUACUGUAAUAGUUCUGGAUUUAUAUUGUACAGAGUAUUGAAACAGUCUCAAUCCUGUGGAAUGAAAAAAAACCACAUGCUUUGACACAGUGUGUUUUUUAUUUUCUGUGUCAGAGGACUCAACUUUUUUUGUGAAUACGUAUAUUAGCCAUAAAAAUCUGUCAUACAGACUGACACAGUGAAUUGUUUUAAGGUUCUUGGACUAGUAAUUGUCAGCUAUGCAGAAUACAUCUUGUUGUGUCUGUUUUAAAAAAAAAUAAAGUUUACAAUUUAUGUGUUCAAA